AUGGCUGCACCAUCUCCAGAUCCCGCUUUGGAUCUUGUUCCUAUUAAACAAGAAGAAGACGCAGUUGAAAAUGAUUCGUCACCACAAGAACCCAAGCUUCCAACCAAAAAGGAUAUCUCAUUGAAAGAGUUCCUUGGGAAGAUGGAUGAUUAUGCUCCAAUCAUUCCUGAUGCAGUGACAAACUAUUAUCUCACAAAAGCUGGUCUUCCACCCCCACCACAGACAGAUGCGCGUCUAGCCCGUCUGCUUGCACUUGCGACCCAAAAGUUCAUUGCUGAUAUCGCGGCCGAUGCUUAUCAAUAUUCACGCAUUCGGUCUUCGAAUUCCUCAAGUGCCAAUAAUCCUAUGGGGAACUUGGGUGCUGCAGCUGGUUUCCCAAUUCCAGGUCAGCAACCUGCUGGUGCGACAGGAGGCAAGGACCAGCAGGGACGUGGAGGACCUUUAGGUAUUCAGAGACCUGGUUUUGGUGGUGGUGGACAAGGAGGUAGUCAAAACCGAACGGUCCUUACAAUGGAAGAUUUGGGUAUGGCUGUGGGAGAAUAUGGCGUUAAUGUAAAGCGCGGGGAGUUCUAUCGCUAA